AUGGCACCGUCAAGAGCCGUCCUUCUUCGCCGCAUAGCCUCCGCAGCCGCAACACCAUGCUUACGACCGACGUCGCGUCUACUCGCCACAUCUUCAUAUGCAUUAUGUAGAACACAACAGUCAUCACCUCUACGUCCGGGCCUGUUGCAGCAGUCAAGGUUCCCCACAUUGUGCACACGAUUAUAUUCGCAGUCAGCCAGCGCAGCGCCUGAAGCACCGGAUUACCUCAACGAGGCAGAAUUGCACGUCUUCAAUAAAAUAAAAUCGGAGUUGGAGCCCGUGAAACUGGAGGUCCAAGACAUCAGCGGCGGCUGUGGGUCCAUGUACGCGAUCCAGGUCGAAUCCCCCAAGUUCAAAGGCUUGACGGUCAUCAAGCAACACAAACUGGUCAACGAGGUGUUAAAGGAUGAAAUCAAGAGCUGGCACGGCGUGCAGCUACGGACAAAGGCUGCUUGA